AUCACCACUAGCGCCACGUUGGUGUUGUUUUCUCACCUCCAGUCUCCAGCUCUGCCAUGAAAUAAACGUAUCUCGCUCGCUCCGCUCUGCUCGUCCUCCUCUCUCUCUCUCUCUCUCCCACUCCCACUCUCACACGUCUGGGAUGAAAUGGGGUUUUUGGAAAGAGACCCCCCCUCCAGCCUAGCCAUGAAUCCGUUCCUAAAACAGUAAAACCCAUUAUUUUAUUUUAUUUUUUUAAUUCAAUCUACUCACCGAUACAACCGUACUUAUAGCCGUUCAUGGCUCUCUUAGCAGCAUCAUCCAAUGUCAGAUUCAAUCUCUCUUCUCCCUCCGUCCCUCCAACUGCGCUGCCCAGACCAUCUUCAGUAUGUGCUUUUGGUGGGGCUCUACGUCUCCAUGCCUUCAAAGUAUCUGGAGGGGAGAAUGUGGGGGGCAGGAGGAGGAGGACCCUCUUCGUCUCCGACAUUACCAGCCACCGCCGGAGACACAGAGGAACGAGGCCAUUACUGGUUGCGGCAGCGGCUGCGGCUGAGGAUAAAUUUGGGAGGAUUCUGUUGUCUGAUGUGGUGGUGAAGCAGAGGAGGAGGGUCUACUUUGGAAGGAAGUGGAAUUCCCUGGAUGUGGCCACGGCAGGGGUAGUGUUGGCGAUGCAUGUUCUGUGCUUAUUUGCGCCUUUCACUUUCAAUUGGGGAGCGUUCUGGGUGGCUGUGGCGCUCUAUGUGGUGACUGGAUUAUUCGGAAUCACUCUUUCUUUCCACAGAAACCUUUCCCACAGGAGCUUUAAGCUUCCUAAAUGGCUUGAAUAUUUCUUUGCCUAUUGCGGAGUUCAGGCCCUCCAGGGGAACCCAAUGGAUUGGGUGAGCACGCACAGGUACCACCACCAGUUCUGUGAUUCAGAUAGAGACCCGCAUAGUCCCAUUGAAGGGUUUUGGUUCAGUCACAUGAGCUGGCUCUUCGACACCAGGUCUGUUGUUGAGAGGUGCGGAGAACCCAAUAACGUUGGGGAUUUGCAGAAGCAACCCUUCUACAGGUUCCUUCAGAGGACGUAUAUCGCUCAUCCGAUUGCACUGGGGGCUGUCUUAUAUGCAGUGGGCGGAUUUCCCUACCUAGUCUGGGGCAUGGGUGCGAGGAUUGUGUGGGUUUAUCACAUCACCUGGCUAGUGAAUUCAGCUUGCCAUGUUUGGGGACAGCAGGCUUGGAACACUGGAGAUUUAUCGAGGAACAAUUGGUGGGUGGCCUUGCUAGCAUUUGGAGAGGGAUGGCACAACAACCACCAUGCCUUUGAGUACUCUGCCAGACAUGGACUAGAGUGGUGGCAGCUCGACAUUACUUGGUAUACGGUGAGACUUCUGCAAGCUAUUGGAUUAGCAAAAGAUGUGAAGGUGCCAACUGAGAGUCAGAAGCAAAGAAUGUCUUUUAACAAUUGAAGUAAUGUGAUCAUAUGAGGCCGAGCUUUGCAUGUUUCUAUGACCUGGUUCACCGCGACAUUGGAUGAAUCUCCUUCAGGGGACAGAACUUUGAUUUUGUUUCACUGUGUUUGCGCAUCUCUGCUCCCCAAGUUGGUUAUAAGGAGUUGUUGAUCAUGUAAUGAAAAGAAAAAUAAUAAUGAAGUAAAGAAAAACGUAUGAAUUUUACUCUUUUUCCUA